AACACACACCGCAUAUAUUACCUGGAAUCUGAGUUGAAUUCAGGAUUCGAAUUCGAUUUGUAUUAACGCAAACUACAACAGAACUGACGACGCCAACGUAAGCAACACCACCAAAGACCCCAGGGAGAAUAACACGCCCGUCAUGGACGUCGAUAACCGACUGCUGUGGUUACGUUACAACAUCAGUAAUAUGCUGGGUGUUUACGAGCCAGAAUAUGUGAAUUCACUGAUUGAUAAUCAUACAGAAGAGUUCUCACACUUUCUCGACGACAAUUGCCUCAGAAACUCCGAUAUUGAACUGGUAUUGCUAAUAGUGUGGCGUACUUACUACGAUAAGAUGGUCGAAAAGGAGAUUACCGUGCUGGAGGAAGUUAUCGAACCCCCACCCCCGCCAAAACCAGAGAAGCCAGGCAAAAAGAAGGGCAAGCAAGGAGGUAAAGGCAAAGGAAAAGCAGUUGCAGCUCAACUCGCGCCUGCAGCUCAACCAGCAACCGAUGAAGAGUCACCGGUUGAGGGGGGUGCGAUUACAGAUACAGAUGGUGGAACGAGUGUAGCGCCAACUAUAACAACAGAAGGUGGUGCAACGACAGAAGCUGAAGGCGAAAGCCCGGAGGAGGGUUUUCAAAGUGGGGUUAGUUCAAUAAAAUCAGCCCCUAGCAAGAAGGGCAAGAAAAAGAAAAAACACAGCGCGCACAGAAGAACUACCCUUAAGCCACCCCCAAAAUUCGUUGAAGUGAAGAAAAUUAUUCAAGAGUAUGUCAAAACACCCAGACUACAUUGCCACUUUGGGGAUAUUGAUGCCAGCAUGCUUGAUUCCAACAUCCGAUACCUCUAUUUUCUGCGCAAGGAUCCAUAUGGCAUACGUAUCUAUUACAAUCGUGCAGAGUGUUUUGUGGAGAUGCCAAGCUACUUUAUUGUUGGCACGUUAAAUGGCACUGUAAUGGAUUCAUUGCAAAGUGAUUUGAAUGCGGUUGGCCACAAGGCGAUUCAAUUUCAAUUUCGUGAACCAAAAUUCGAUGAGCAGCACACAAACGCCGACGAGAACAUAUGCGCCGGCCCCGGCCGCGCGGGCGAGAGCAAGGAGACGGGAGCGGGCUUACUGGAGUUGUCAAAGCCCUCGGAAUUCCGUUUGCGCGCACUUAAACAGAAAAAGAAAAUGGAAAAGCUGAAACAACAGGCAGCCAAACGAAAGUCUGCCAAAAAAACUGAAGAAGGCCAAGGCGAUGCUGAUGAUGAAGAAGAGGAGGAAGAAGCAGCAGCAAAAGUUGAGGAUAUUGCAUCAUCCUCAUCUUCCGAGCAAUUGGAGGAGCCCGAGAAACCGAAAUUAACGAUUGCCGAACGCUGGGAGCAACUAUUGAAAGAGACGAGUGAAGCUGUCGAACGGCAACGCCUUGAGGAAGAAACAACUGUGGAAAAGUUGCCGCCUUAUCAACAAAAUCUGCUCAAAGAGUUGGGUGAAUUCGAGGGUGAAGUGGAGUGGACUACGAAACAUAGCUUGCGUGCAUUUGAUUUGCCAACUGGUUACACGGCACCGGGACAGGAGGAUGUCGAAUUUGAGGAGUCCAAAGUGAAAAUACAAGUUGAUGUCAAAAAGCUCGAAUUGAUACCCACAUAUUCGCAAGAAAUUCUGGAGGACAUUGUGCAUGGUUGGAUUUAUUUCUUGGAGAAGCGUAUUAAAGCGCAAAAAGAAAUGCCACUGGACGAAUUUACGCCAAUGGCCUCCUAUCGCUUCUGGCAUCACGGCGAAAUCGAACUGUAUGCCGCCUUGGAGCAAUUAAAAUCUGAAUUUGUGUUAGCUGUGCUAGACAUUUUGCGACAAGCCGAUUCACCUAUUAUUAAACGCUGGGAUGCAUUUAUGGCGGAGCUGCAAGAACACUACUACCUUUCCAAAGAGAAUUCGGACUACAUUUCCACCAUCACAGAUUAUUUGGAGAAAAUUCGCGACUAUGAAAGCUUUAAAAUGACAACCCUACUCAUACCCAAUGUUAUGGUAGGACUACGCCACAUCUGGACAAUGUCCAGCUACUACUGCCGUGACGACAAAAUGCAGAUUUUACUUUGCCAAAUUUCCAACGUCUUUAUACAGAAAGUCAAGCGCAUCGUCUGCUUCGAACACAUAUUCAGUCGCUCUGCAAAAUACACCUAUGAGACUGCUACCAAUUGUGCCAAUUUGCUACGUUGUUGGAAGAGUGCUUACCUCGCAAGCCGUUCGUUCAUUGAAAGCUCCGGUGUCGGUUCGCGUUGGGAGUUCGAUCGUCAGACGCUCUUCUCCGAAGUCGAUCAUAUUUGUCUCAUUAGUCAAGAUAUUGCAUACAUCGGGCGCGUUUUCAUUCAAUACGAAAAUCUCUUCGGUAAUCGCCUCAAAGCAAUCAUCACCGAUCCCUCGAUUGUGGAUGAUUUGAUGAAGAAGGUCUAUCGUCUGUUAGACGAAAUGCUUUCGAAUGUAGACUAUGAUAUUUUCAGGCCAGGUAACUUCGAGAAUUGGGAACAUACACUCGAAACAUUCAAUCGCCGUCUAGAGAGUGUUGAAUUUGAAGCAAAGGCCGUAAUUGAGCGUAGCAUAAAUACAUUGCGUUCGUCGGAUAUGGGGCUGGAGCUGAUUAAGACCAUCAAAGAAAUAGACACACGCGAAGAGCUCGUCGAAUUCAUUUCAACAAAACAUGAAAAUAUUUUGCGGUUUUUCCAAACUGAAAUUAACUCCGUAGAACUUACGUAUAGACAAAAUCGCAAAAACCCACCAAUCGGUAAGCAUCAGCCAUUCCGCAUCGGCUGCAUUCAGUGGGCGCGUCUGUUGACCAAUAAACUAAAAGUCUCCGUGUUGGCAUUCAAAAGGAUGGCAGAUGAGCCCAAUUUGAAAAAUAGUUAUGUGAAACGUAGCGCUUUCAAGCAGUAUUUUGAGUUGGUUAACCAAAUGUAUCUCUUCGAGACGGAAAUGUUCGACAGAUACACCGCCAAAGCAACCUACAUGGUGAAUGCUGUGUUCCAUAAGAAUAUACUAUGCAUACGGAUUCGUAAUCCUAAGACGUUGGAAUACAUUUCAGAGUCGCAGGAAACUCUGCAUUCGAUGCGCCGACCAACUGAAGAUGAAGGUGCAAUGCCAGACGCGGGAGGAGCUGGGUUCAAAUGCAGAAUAACAAAAUUCACCGUUUACGCAACACUCAUACAGUGGCUGGUGUAUCGGCCUCAAGAGAGUGACUUACAGCUAAUGAAAGCUAAGUCAUUUAUCAAAGCCACGAAGGCGAAGAAGAAUCCUACCGAGAAGGACAAAUACUAUCUGAAGAUUUGCGAAUUGCUUGUACGUGCCGAACAGCAGGAUGGUUUGCCUACUUGGCGUGAAUUGGUUGGCGAUCGUAUUUUAAUUGAAUUCGGAAUACAAUUUCGUUUGAAUCUAUCGCGAGAAAUAUUCGAGGUCAUGUUCGAGGGUCAGCAAUUUGAACAUUUCGGUUAUUUGCUGCCAAACGUUUUGCGUACAGCCAUCAUGAAGAAAGAAAUGCUAUUCAAUGACUACGAAGCUGUAGCCAAUAUCAUCAAUAGGUAUAAUGCGAUCAUUGAUGGACUAGUGCUGUCGGAGGUCAACUUCCUACGUGAACAUCUCUUUGAAACCGAACUCGUCAUACAAACCGGCAUUGGCCGGUACACCUGGCUGUCGUUUAAUAUUGUAAAAUAUUGCGAAUCUGUUAACGUUUUGAUACGUAAACUUACUUCAAUCGUAUCGCAAAUCAAUUUCAUACGUUUGGAUGUAAAAAGUCGCAUAAAUCGCAUUAAGCAUUUCAAUCUUUUUGAUAUACACGACCGCACCGGCAUCGACCCCACGCCCAAAACGCCGGCUUUGCAAUUCACUGCUGAAUCGAAUGCAUCAGUAACGCAACAAGAAUCAGCACUUAGUGCCCAAGCGGAUGAUCCAAGUACGCGCCCUGUUCCACCAGUCAAGCUCGUUCACUUAAAAGAAGAGGAGGCCGAACUGACACAACAAGAAAGAGAGUGCGGCAAGGAUAUGUAUCAUUUUCAAGGAUACUAUGAGAAGUUGGAGCAAUCGCGCAAUGAAAAGUGUGCACACAUGAAGAAGAUAUAUGACUCGAUUGGGCCGGUGUUGGUGAAGUUGGAGAGUCUGGUGUUGGGCACUUUCACUGGACGUUCGGAGGAGAUGCGCGGUUACUAUACUUAUUGGGAACAGAUCACCUACCAGUGCAUCCUGGACAACGCCUAUAAAAAUCUGAAGUGCUUCAUUGAACGUUUACUAAGUGAUGUGCCCAUGUUCGAAGUGAAUGCCGUAAUGAUGAUGUCCGAAAUUAUGCUGGAGCCAAGCGCUUCGGAGAUGCAGAACAUAAUGCUGCAAGCGGCUAAAGAUUAUCUAGAGAGGAUCCACAUCUACACGCGAUGGAUGGAUGGCACAUGCCUGCCUUGUGCGCCAAUUAAUGACGGAUACGGCGAUAAGUACAUCUUCACAUUCUACGAGGAUGUCAUCCAGGUACGCGACAUCAGCCAUUUGGCCGUGCGCGUUCAUGAGGUUGCCAACGCUUUGGUAUACGAGUGCAAAGUCGUUAUUUCCAAAUUUCGUCAAUACUUCUACUUGUGGGCCUUCGAUAAACAUACCAUAGCUGAGAAAUUUAUUAAUCGUGGCAUGCCACUUGUGGCACUUGAUGAGAAAUUUACAUUUUUUGCCAAUAUCAUUGAGGAGAUACAAACGAUGCCUCCCUUUUGGAAUGUCAAAAGUAUUCGCAUCAAUUUGAGGAAGCUUAUGGACAGCAUAUCUCAGCAUGCACAGCAAUGGCGUGCAAUACUUGGCGAGUUGCUGGCCAAUAGAGCAUCAGAAAAUAUUUUGAAUUUGCGAAAUGAAAUCAAAGAGCUCCGUUUCAAUUUGGAUAAGACGACCAAAGAACUGGCUGACUUCAAAUUGGUCAUGCAAACAAUCUCUACAAUUCAAACGAAAACGCUAAGCUAUGAACACCGAAUCCAUGAGCUACAGGAAACCUUUACUGUGCUGGCAGAGCACAACAUCAAGUUCAACUUCGACGAUUUGUUGAUGGCGCAUCACCUGGAAAAACGUUGGAAUCGUCUCUUCCGCUCAUCGCUCUACCGCAUGGAUAAGGUGCAACCAAUUAAACAGAAAUUCGCCGAUAUGACUUCCGUUGAAAUCUCAUCAUUCUGGGCAGAGCUGGAAGCAUUCAUAUUGGAUUUCGAAGAGAAUGGGCCGGGCUCAGUGGGUCCUGACCUGGACAAAGGCGGUAAGCUGAUGGACUUUUACGGCGCCAAAUUGAAUUCCUACGAGGAGCGACGCAUUGAAUUGUCCAAUGCGGAGAAACUUUUCGAUAUGCCGAUGGCCGAUUACAAUGAAUUCUCAAGAAUCAAGACUGACUACGAAGGCAUGAUAUUGAUUUACAAACUGUACAAAGCCUAUAAAACUGGAAGAGAGGUUUGGUCGAAGACAUUAUGGGCCGAUUUGGAUCCACAAAUACUAACGGAAGGCAUCGAAAGUUACCUGAAGGAGUUUCGUAAACUACCGAAGCAGGUACGCAUGUUGCCCUCGGGCCAGAUGCUCGAGCUGAGUAUGAAACAGUUCAAGAACACCGUACCGCUAAUGGUCAGCCUCAAAAAUGAGGCAUUGCGCGAACGCCAUUGGAAUCAAUUGAUGGAGAAGACCGGACAGUUCUUUGAUAUGGCGCCAGCACGCUUUACACUCGAGAAUAUGUUCGCAAUGAAGUUGCACGAAUAUCAGGAAAUCGCUGAGCAAAUUCUUAAUAAUGCAAUUAAAGAGCUGGCCAUUGAACGUGGCGUCAAGGCAGUUGAAGAUACCUGGGCUACUAUGGCAUUUAAAGUGCAUAAGCACUACAAAGGCAAUGAAGAUCGUGGUUACACACUGGGUUCGGUGGAGGAAAUCGUCGUAACGCUGGAGGAUAACGCAAUGAAUUUGCAAUCAAUGGGUGCCUCACAGUUCAUUGGUCCAUUUCUGGAAACUGUCAAUAAGUGGGAGCGCUUGCUGUCCUUGAUCGGUGAAAUCAUUGACGAGUGGCAAGUGGUGCAGCGCAAGUGGCUCUACCUGGAGGGUAUCUUCAUUGGUGGCGAUAUUCGGGCACAGUUGCCCGAGGAAGCAAAGAAAUUCGAUGACAUUGACAAAGCAUACCGCAGAAUUAUGGUUGAUUGUGCCAAGAAUCCAUUGGUAGUGCCACUGUGCUCAGUGCCUGGCCGUUUGCCCGAAAUUCAAGGACUCGGUAUUGGUUUGGAGAACUGUCAGAAGUCAUUAAACGAGUAUUUGGAAUCGAAAAGACGCAUAUUUCCGCGCUUUUACUUCAUUUCUACGGAUGAGUUGCUCUCGAUUUUGGGCAGCAGCGAACCAACGGCUGUGCAAAACCACAUAAUCAAGAUGUACGACAACAUUAAGUCAUUGCGCUUCUCCAAAGACAAUUCGGAUCAACCCAUCGUCACUGCUAUGAUAUCCAGCGAGGGUGAGGUUAUGGAAUUUCGCCAUAGCGUGCGCGCUAAGGGUCGCGUUGAGAACUGGAUGUGCGACGUGCUGGAUGAGAUGCGACGCUCAAAUCGUUUCAUCACCAAGCGUGCCAUCUUUGACUUUGGCACUGAUCUGGAAAUAACAAGACCCGAUUGGAUGAUGAACUACCAAGGCAUGGUGGCGUUGGCUGCCUCGCUCGUCUGGUGGACCGCCGAAGUGGAAGAGGCUUUCGAUCAGGCCACCAAUCACCACAAUAUGCGCGCCAUGAAGGAUUUCCUUGAAAAGCAGAAUCAUCAAAUUGAAGAGCUGGUCAUUAAGGUGCGCUCAAAUUUGACCCGCAACGAUCGACUCAAAUUCAAAACUAUCACAACAGUCGAUGUGCAUGCACGCGAUAUCAUCGAAGCGUUCGUACGUGACAACAUUCUGGACGCAAGCGAAUUCAGUUGGGAGAGUCAAUUGCGUUUCUAUUGGCUCAAGCUAUACGACAAUCUAUAUGUUAUUCAAUGCUCAGGCCAAUUCGAAUAUGGCUAUGAAUAUAUGGGCCUGAAUGGUCGUUUGGUUAUCACACCGCUGACAGAUCGCAUCUAUUUGACUAUUACACAGGCUCUGCUUAUGAAUCUGGGCGGUGCACCGGCGGGACCUGCUGGCACCGGUAAAACGGAGACAACUAAGGAUUUGGCUAAAGCCAUGGCGCUUCUGUGUGUUGUCACCAAUUGCGGUGAGGGUAUGGAUUUCCGCGCUGUAGGCACCAUUUUGGCCGGCUUGGCGCAGUGUGGCGCCUGGGGUUGUUUUGACGAGUUCAAUCGCAUCGAUAUCUCAGUAUUGAGUGUGAUUUCUACACAGCUGCAAACCAUACGAAAUGGAUUGAUAAGGAAACUGGAUCGUAUUAUUUUCGAAGGCAGUGACAUCAAACUGGACCGCAAGGUGGGCGUCUUUGUCACCAUGAACCCGGGCUAUGCAGGACGUACAGAGUUGCCUGAAUCGGUGAAGGCGCUAUUUCGGCCGGUGACCUGCAUUAAACCGGAUUUGGAGUUGAUCUGCUUAAUUUCGCUCUUCUCUGAUGGAUUUUUAACGGCCAAAGUUCUGGCAAAGAAGAUGACAGUACUCUACAAGCUGGCAGAGGAACAACUCUCCAAGCAAUGCCAUUACGAUUGGGGUUUGCGUUCGCUGAAUUCGGUGCUGCGUAUGGCGGGUGUGAUGAAGCGAGCAUCGGAGGAUCUACCCGAGGCUGUUGUACUGAUGCGUGUGCUGCGUGACAUGAACUUUCCGAAGUUCGUCUUUGAGGAUGUGCCUUUGUUUUUGGGACUUAUUAAGGACUUGUUUCCUGGCAUUGAUUGCCCACGCAUUGGUUAUCCGACCUUUAAUGCUGCCGUGCGACACACCCUCGUAACCGAUGGCUAUGUACUUCUAGCAGAUCAGGAGGAUAAAGUGGUGCAAAUGUACGAGACCAUGAUGACCCGGCACUCGACGAUGAUUGUUGGGCCAACAGGUGGUGGCAAGACUGUCGUCAUAAAUACACUAAUUAAAGCACAAUGCCACAUGGGCCUGCCCACCAAGUGCACCGUACUUAACCCUAAGGCCUGUUCGGUAAUCGAAUUAUAUGGUUUCCUCGACAUGGAUACACGCGAUUGGAUUGAUGGAUUAUUUUCGAAUAUAUUUCGUGAGAUGAAUAGGCCGACCGAACGAGAGGAACGACGUUAUGUCUGCUUUGACGGGGAUGUGGACGCUCUGUGGAUUGAGAACAUGAACUCGGUUAUGGAUGAUAAUAAGCUGUUGACAUUAGCGAAUGGCGAGCGCAUCAGAUUGGAAAGCUACUGCGCGCUGCUAUUUGAGGUCGGCAACUUGUGGUACGCAUCACCAGCUACUGUCUCCCGCGCCGGCAUGGUUUAUGUGGAUCCAAAAAAUCUGCGUUACGCUCCGUACUGGCAACGUUGGAUAUUGACGCGCCCCGAAGGCGAACACGAGAUAUUAAAUGAAUUUUACGAGAAAAUAAUUGUGCAAUCGAUCGGUUUUAUCUUGGAGGGUGUGGAUGGCACCUCUCAGGGUAAUCCCUUGAAAAUGGUCAUCCCCCAAACGGAGUUGAAUAUGGUUGUGCAAUUUUGCUGCAUGUACGAUGCUCUGCUGCCUGUAUACAGCAACGUGGUUGACAUAACAACAGAAGCACCGGAGGCUAUCGUUUACGACCAGGACGCGAUUGAAUGUGGAUUUAUUCAGUGCGCCUACAGCUCACUGGGAGCCACACUCAUCGAGCGGGACAAACCAAUCUACGACGAGUUUAUGAAGCGUAUUGCUGGCUUUCCUUCCGUAACGGACUCACAACAAAAACCAGCAACCGGUGGUCAGCUGCCCAAUAGCAAACCUACACUCUACGACUAUUUCUAUAGUCGUGAAAAAGAAUGUUGGAUUGCUUGGGAAUGGGUGGUACCCGAGUAUAUUCACGAUCCCGAAAUGAGGUUUAGUGAAAUUUUAGUACCAACCGUUGACAGUACACGCACUACCAGAACGCUGGCCUUGAUGAAAGAGAUUAAGCGACCGGUGCUGCUGGUCGGCGAGGCGGGCACAUCAAAGACAGCCAUGAUUUCACAGUAUUUACGUAACUUAAAUCCGGAAUCGAAUAUCAUAUUGAAUAUUAAUUUUUCAUCGAGAACUUCAUCUAUGGAUGUGCAACGCACGCUCGAGGCGGCUGUGGAAAAACGCACAAAGGAUACAUUCGGCCCACCAAUAGGCAAGAAAAUAGCCUGCUUUAUAGAUGACAUGAAUAUGCCACAAGUUGAUGAAUACGGAACACAGCAGCCGAUUGCAUUGCUCAAGCUGCUCUUCGAACGCGGUGGCAUGUACGAUCGUGGCAAGGAUUUAAAUUGGAAAAGGUUCAAAGAUCUCACAUUCUACGCGGCCAUGGGUUGCGCCGGCGGUGGCCGCAACGAAGUCGAUCCACGUUUCAUAUCUAUGUUUGCCGUCUUCAAUAUUGUCUUCCCCAACGAUGAAUCGCUACAGCAAAUUUACGUUUCCAUAUUCAAAGGGCAUCUGAUGCAUAGUAGCGAAUUUAAAGCGGAACUACUGCCGAUGGCAGAUUUUGUGGUCAGCAUGACGCUGCGACUAUUUAAGAUUGUCAUUGUGGAACUGCCACCAACACCAUCGAAAUUCCAUUAUAUCUUUAACUUGAAGGAUUUGUCGCGUAUCUUCGCCGGCAUGCUGCUGAUCCAUUCGAACUACUUUCGCGACCUGCGUGCCUUGAUACGCGUUUGGCGUAAUGAGUUUACCAGAAUUAUUUGCGAUCGAUUAAUUUCGGAUAAUGAUGUCAACUUAAUAAGAAAGCACAUUGAAGAGGAGGUGGGUGAGACGUUCCCAUCGGGCUUUGAAGAGGAGUACGGUUUCAUAGACCCAGAUGCAGUGGCUCAAGAGCAACAAGACUUAUUGGCUAUGAACCCCGACGAAGAGCCCGUAAUUAUAACGUUCCACGAUUACGUUUUCCGUGAACCGAUACUCUAUGGUGACUUUCGCAAUGCAAUGAAUGAAUCCGAGCCGCGCUUUUAUGAGGACUUAGUAGACUACAAUGCCGUGCAUGCGCUAUUCGAAGAGAUACUAGAAGAAUAUCAAGAGCGUAGAGGCAAAAUGAACUUAGUACUGUUUGAAGAUUGCUUGGAGCAUUUGACGCGCAUACAGCGCACCUUACGCAUGCAUCGUGGACAUGUAAUGAUAAUCGGCGUGGGCGGUAGCGGCAAGAAGAGCAUUACGCGCUUAGCGGCAUUCGCUGCGGAAUGUGAGGUUUUCGAAAUCAUUGUGGCACGCGGUUACAAUGAAACCUCCUUCCGCGACGAUCUUAAGCGUCUGUAUACAAUGGUGGGCGUGGAACGCAAGAAAGCCGUCUUCCUCUUCACGGCCGCGCAGAUUGUUGAAGAGGGCUUCCUGGAGCUGAUUAAUAAUAUUCUAACAGUGGGUCAAGUGCCAGCGCUCUUUGCCGACGACGAGAAGGAUGCUGUGGUAUCCUCGUGUCGCGUCGCUGCCGAAGAAGCCGGUUACUCCGCUUCCAAGGACUCCGUUUGGUUAUAUUUCUUACGCACUUGCGCUGAGAAUUUGCAUGUCUCCCUAUGCAUGUCACCGGCCGGCGAUGCGUUGCGCAAUAGAUGUAGAAGUUUCCCUGGUCUGAUUGGCAGCACCUACAUAGAUUGGGUGUUCCCUUGGCCACAGCAAGCUUUAUCGGCCGUGGCACAACUUUUCCUUUCGCAACAUAAAAUGAUUCCUGCAGAACAUCGCGAUGCUAUUAUAGAGCAUGUGGUUCAUGUGCAUACGACCAUUCAAAUAUACUCACGCGAUUACUUACUGAAGCUGCGUCGCAACAAUUAUGUCACACCGAAGCAUUAUCUGGACUUUAUCAAUACCUACGUACAUCUUCUAGAGGAGCGAAGCAACUUCAUUAGCAUGCAACGCAACCGUCUCAAGGAGGGCAUACAAAAGAUCGAUGAUGCCGCUAAGCAAAUUGAAGAGUUACGUCUAAUCGUGAGCGAGCAGAAAGCCAAUGUGGCCAAGGCUUCGGAAGAAUGCGAAGCUAUGUUAGUGAAUAUAGAAGAAUCAACGCAAAAGGCUAAUAUAAAAAAGGCAGAGGCUUCUGAGAAAUCCAUCGAAGUGGAGAUUAAGGGUAAGCAAAUCGCCAUCGAGAAAGAAGAUGCCGAAGAGGCGCUUGCUGAAGCUAUGCCAGCGCUGGAAGAGGCCCGACGUGCGCUGGCCGACCUCGACAAAGCCCAAAUUACCGAGAUCCGUUCCUUUGCUACGCCACCACCGCAAGUGCAAGUCGUUUGUGAAUGUGUCGCCAUAUUGAAGGGCUUGAAGGAAAUCAAUUGGAAGUCAGCCAAGGGCAUGAUGUCCGAUGUUAGCUUUCUGAAGAGUUUAAUGGAAAUGGAUUGCGAGGCGCUAACGGCCAAGCAGAUAAAUGGAUGUCGUGCACAUAUGAAGAAUUCGAAUUUAGAUGACAUGGAAAAGAUUUCUAUAGCCGGUGCGGGGCUUUUGAAAUUUGUGCGAGCUGUGAUAGCCUUCUACGAGGUGUACCGUGAGGUAAAGCCGAAAAAGGAACGUGUUGACUUUCUAGUGCAAGAGCAAGAAAUACAAAUCAAGCUGCUGAAUCAUCUAAAUAAUGAAAUUGCCAAACUAGAAGAACAACUCGACCAGUUGAAUCACCGUUAUGCGGAAUCGAUGAAGCAAAUGAAGGCGCUAACGGAGAUGAUGCGACAGGCCGAACGUAGAUUGAUCGCUUCCAAUAAGCUCAUCAGCGGUCUAAGCUCCGAGCGCAGUCGCUGGGCGGAAGACAUGGAGAACUUCCGCAAACAGAAAAUCAAUAUGAUUGGACAAUGUUUGUUGUGUGCUUCUUUUCUAGCCUACACAGGUGCCUUUUCGUGGGAAUUCCGUAUUGCCAUGGUAUUUGAUGACUGGCUUCAGGAUGUGCAAAACCGUUUAAUUCCCGUACCUACGCCAUUCCGCAUCGACGAAAGCCUCACAACGGAUGUUGAAGUGUCCACUUGGACUUCGGAAGGUCUACCACCGGACGAGCUCUCUGUACAAAAUGGUAUAUUGACUGUACGCGCUUCCCGCUUCCCGCUCUGCAUUGAUCCCCAGCUGCAAGCUCUACACUGGAUUAAAAAGCGUGAAGCACGACAAAAUCUAAAAACGCUCUCUUUCUCCGAUUCCGAUUUCUUGAAACAACUUGAAAUGGCACUGAUGUAUGGCUAUCCAGUGCUUUUCGAAGACGUCGAUGACUACAUAGAUCCAGUCAUAGACAGUGUGCUGAGUAAAGAUGUGCAAGUGGUUAGUGGACGUAAAUUCAUUGUGUUGGGUGACAAGGAGGUAGAUUUCGAUCCGAACUUCCGCUUAUAUUUGACUACGAAAUUUUCCAAUCCUAAAUUUGAUCCCGCCGUCUUCGCCAAAGCGAUGGUCAUUAACUACACCGUCACACAGGCGGGUCUAGAAGACCAAUUGUUGAGCGUAGUUGUGCGCUCGGAACGACCUGACUUGGAGCAGCAGCGCGAAUCUCUCAUAGCGCAGACAAGUGAAAACAAGCAGUUGCUGCAACAGCUGGAGGAUUCCUUGCUGCGCGAAUUGGCCACCUCGACGGGUAAUAUGCUUGACAAUGUCGAAUUGAUUGAGACACUGGAGAAUACCAAAACCAAAGCGGCUGCUGUCUCCGAACAAUUGCAGUUAUCGGCGGAGACGAGCAAGGACAUUGAGAAACUUCGCAAUGGAUAUCGACCGGUUGCUGUACGUGGCGCAGUGCUCUUCUUUGCGCUCUCUGACAUGUCUUCGGUCAAUAGCAUGUAUCAGUAUGCACUGGCUGCCUACUUGGACGUGUUCGGCUAUUCGCUGCGUAAAUCCGUGCCCGACACAGUGCUCGUCAAGCGUCUGGGCAAUAUAAUAAAGACUUUGACCGAGAAUGUUUAUUGUUAUGGCUGCACAGGCUUUUUCGAGCGGCACAAAUUACUCUUCUCUUUCCAAAUAGCCACAAAGCUUGCAAAAAGCAGUGGCACUCUGACGCAGGCUGAACUAGAUUUUUUCAUUAAGGGCGCGAUUACGUUAACGAAAAGUGAACGCGCUUGCCCGGUCAAAUGGUUAACCGAUAAGGGCUGGGAGGAUAUGCUAAAAUUGGCCAGCGACUUUCCGGAGAAUUUCGGCACAUUACCAGAUAGCUUGGGGCACCUGCCACAGGAAUGGAAGGAGUGGUUUGAUUUGGAGAAUCCGGAAGAAGUGCCAUGUCCGGGCGAAUACAACAUCAAAUGUAAUCCAUUUCAGAAAUUAAUGUUCCUGCGUUGUUUCCGUGUCGAUCGAAUUUUCCGUGCAAUAAAUGAAUACAUCGUGGACACUAUGGAUGAGUACUACAUCACGCCGCCAGUGAUUAGUUUCUUCAACAUCUACGAGCAGACCAACAGCAAUACGCCUGUUUGCUUUAUCCUCAGCGCCGGCUCGGACCCCACGAAUGAUUUAAUGAAAUUGGCAGACGUUGUUGGCUUAGGAAUGGGCAAUUUUUGUCACAUCUCACUGGGACAAGGCCAAGAGAAGAAUGCUGUCAACUUACUGGAUAAAUCUAUUCGCCAAGGUUUUUGGCUGAUGCUACAAAAUGGUCAUUUACUCAUCAGCUUCGUGCGCUCGUUAGAGAAGUAUCUUGAAAAAAUCGAAUCACCACAUCCAGAUUUUCGUUUAUGGAUAACAACAGAUCCUUCGCCUACUUUUCCAAUUGGUAUAUUACAAAAAUCUCUAAAAGUUGUCACCGAGCCACCGAAUGGUUUGAAAUUGAAUUUGCGCUCCACUUUUUUCAAAGUACGUCAAGAACGCCUGGAAGCCUGCUCACAUACUGCAUUUCGUCCACUGGUUUAUGUCCUGGCUUUUUUCCAUGCAGUUGUGCAGGAGCGCCGUAAGUACGAUAAAAUAGGUUGGAACAUUUCUUACGAUUUCAACGAAUCUGAUUUUGAUGUCUGUCUUGAAAUACUGACGACUUAUCUAAACAAAGUAAACGAUUCGACAGGAAAGGUGCCCUGGAAUAGCCUGAAAUAUUUAAUUGGUGAGGUCAUGUAUGGUGGACGUGUUAUCGAUGACUUUGAUCGCCGCAUUACUCGCAUUUAUAUGGAUGAAUAUAUGGGUGAUUUCCUCUUUGAUACCUUCAAUCCAUUUCAUUUUUAUCACGACGAAAAUGUUGACUACUACAUACCGGAGGAAGAGGUGGUGCUAAAGGAGGACUUCAUAGCUCAUAUUGAUAAGUUGCCGCUCGUCAACAAACCGGAUGUUUUCGGUUUGCAUCCAAAUGCGGAAAUUGGUUAUUAUACACAGUCGACGCGCAACAUCUGGAAUCAUUUGAUCGAUUUGCAGCCACAGACAGGCGAUGCGACGGGAGGUAUUAGUCGCGAUGAUUUCAUCGACAACGUCGCUUCUGGCAUAUUGAAUAAGCUGCCUGUGGCCUUUGAAGUAUGGCGUGUCAAAAAGCAAAUCCAAAUGAAUAUUACACCGACAGGCGUGGUGCUGCUGCAAGAACUGGAUCGGUUCAAUUUGCUCGUAAUACGCAUCAAGAAGACGCUCGAGCUGUUACGCAAGGCCAUCGCUGGUGAAAUCGGAAUGGACAAUGUGCUGGACAACAUCGCUAACUCGCUGUUCAAUGGACUGUUGCCAAAUGAUUGGCGCAAACUGGCGCCGGCCACAUGCAAGCAACUCGGCAGCUGGAUGGAGCAUUUGCAGAAUCGCGCCACACAAUUCAAGUAUUGGGCCAUGUCAGGUGAACCGUUGGUGAUCUGGUUGUCUGGUCUGCAUAUUCCUCAAAGCUAUCUAACUGCAUUGGUGCAGAUGGCAUGUCGCAAAAAUGGUUGGCCACUGGACAGAUCUACUUUAUACACCUGCGUUACCAGCUACCUGGAUCCCGAUGACGUGGAGGAGCGACCGCCGACGGGCUGCUACAUUCAAGGUUUGUUUUUGGAAGGUGCACGUUGGGACAUGGACAUUAUGCAACUGGCGCGUUCACAUCCCAAAAUUUUGGUUGAAGACCUUCCGAUACUGUCGGUGGUGCCGAUAGAGGUGCAUCGCCUUAAGUUGCAGAAUACGUUUCGCUCUCCUGUGUACACUACUUCGUUGCGGCGAAAUGCUAUGGGUGUUGGACUUGUUUUCGAAGCUGACCUGGCCACUACGGAGGACCUAAGCCACUGGGUAUUACAGGGAGUUUGCCUCACCCUCAAUCGAGACUGAAAAUUUUCUUAUUGCUAUUGUUGUUUUGUUUAUUUCGAGUUUUGUGAUAUUUGCAAAAUACUCAUUCUUAUUUAUUUUGGUUUGGUGCAGAUUUUUCGAUGUUAAAAUUGCACCAUUUGCUCUCUUAUGCAACUUUUGGCUUAAUAAACCUUUAUGAGACUGAUU